AUGGAUGUCACUCCACCGGCAAGACCUCCUGGUCGACCACGUCUGAAGGAGGGCCCCAAGAAGCCUCCCAAGAAGUUUCGCAACGUGCACGUCUCGUUCAAGAAGAAGCAAGCUGUUAUCCAUAGUUUCGACGAGAUGGGUAUGGCAGCCACCCUCCUGAAGCACUUUCCUCACCUGCGGGGCCCUCCACUCGACACAACUCGAAAGAAGGUAUACGCUUAG